GGGCCAUAUUGAAAGGCCGAUGACGCUUCCUCGGCCAGCACCUCCCUCGCCCACCUCAAUUUGCGACAGCCUCGACUACCUACAGUCUGUGCCAGCCGCAAACCCAUUGUUGACAGAUCGCACUGCAGACCAUACCGCGGGGCAUCACCAUGCUGUCGGUCGCGCGCAGAGCCGUCCUCGGGCAGGCUCGAGGAGCCCUGGCCCGCCCAGCAUUCACAACAUCUCCCUGCAGCCUCCAAAGGUUACUUUCCAGCCUCGCCGUUCUCGAGCAAAGGGACGGGAAGCUCAAUGCUGGCUCGCUGAGCGCCGUCACGGCAGCUAAGAAGCUGGGAGGGUCCAUCCACGCCAUUGUCGCCGGGGCAAGCGCCAGGGGGGCUGCCGAGGAGGCUGCCAAGGUCGAGGGGUUAGAGAAGGUCCUGGUGGUCGAGAGCAGCGCAUACGAAAAGGGUCUGCCCGAGAAUUAUGCGCCGCUGCUCGUUGAAAACAUCAAGAAGGGGGGAUAUACACAUGUGUUUGCGGGCCACACGGCCUUCGGAAAGAGCGUGAUGCCCCGUGUUGCGGCCCUCAUAGACUCGCAGCAAAUAUCCGACAUCACAGCCAUCGAAAGCGAGGACACCUUUGUGAGGCCAAUCUACGCCGGCAACGCGAUCGCGACGGUCCAGUCGACGGACCCGGUCAAGGUCAUCACCAUCCGCGGCACAGCCUUCUCCUCGGCCGACUCGGCACCCAGCUCAGGCUCGGCCACAGUCGAGGACGGCGCCGACCCUAAAGCCGAUAGCCUGAGCGAGUGGGUGUCGGAGGACCUGGCCAAGUCGGACAGGCCGGACCUCGCGACCGCCGGCAGGGUCGUGUCGGGCGGGCGCGGGCUCAAGUCCAAGCAGGACUUUGACAAGAUCAUGCUGCCGCUCGCGGACGCGCUAGGCGCCGCCGUGGGCGCCUCCCGGGCCGCCGUCGACAGCGGCUACGCCGACAACAGCCUGCAGGUCGGGCAGACGGGCAAGGUUGUGGCACCGCAGCUGUACAUGGCCGUCGGCAUCUCGGGCGCCAUCCAGCACCUGGCAGGCAUGAAGGACAGCAAAGUGAUUGCGGCCAUCAACAAGGACCCCGAAGCCCCCAUCUUCCAGGUGGCCGACGUUGGACUGGUCGGCGACCUGUUUGACAAGGUGCCGGAGCUGACGGAGAAGCUCAAAGAGUCAUCAUGAUUGUCAAAGCUCCUCACGCUCUUGUAAAACGACUAUGACGGAUGGUGUUCGAUGAGUUCGCUCGCAAGAGGAAAAAUCUAAGAUAACUAGACAUAAAAACUUAUAAACGUGCAGCACCAGCUAGCUCGUUAUGAAAUCACGGAUAGCAUUUCCGACGUUGUCGGCAGUUUUUCCCGCUCCUUGCCCUUCAGUCGGCCCCUCUCCUUCUCUACCUGGUCUAUCCUG